UAUAUAAAUGGAAACAAGAAAGCGCCUAAUAGGAAGAUAAAGUUUUGUCCGUUAUCUCCAUGCAAGCAUUCAAAGAAAGGUGUCUUUCAACUUCAUCAUCAUUUACAGUCAAAUAUCCACAAGCUUAAUCCCAACUCAAACCAAUACUUAGAUGCGCUUAAAUCUGCUCCGAGAAUUGGGCUUCAAGAGCUACGAGAUCACAUUGCCAAGAGAAAGAAAUCCAAAGCAAAGAGCGCCACAACUAAAGAUGGUCCUAAAAAGAGAAAAAUCGAAUCAAAAUCACCUGUACGUGGAAAGGCCGCAAAAAGGGUGAAAUUUUACAAGGGUGACAAGGAAAAUGAGUAUAGUUUGGUGAAUAGAAUCGAAGCUGAGGAAGAAAUUGAAAAUGACUCGGAUGAUCAAUUAUUAGAAAAUCCUGAAGGAGAAGCAACUAUCAGCAGAAACGUGAGUAACCCUGGGCACCUCGCACCGACCUCCUCCAAUAGUAAUGCAGAGGAGCGCAAACUACAUAAUGAAGAAAGUUGUGAAUCAAAGGUAAGAGAGACGUACAAUGAUGAUGACAGCAAAUUAGAGUAUGAUCAGCAAGUUGAUAAAGUGGAACACAAGCUACAUAAUGAAGAAAGUGGAGAUUCAGGCAAUGAUCAUGACAGUAAUUUGGAGUAUGAAAAAGUAAUGGAUCAAAUGGAAUCAAAGGUAGGUGAUACACAUGAUGACCAUGACAGCGAUUUGGAGUAUGAUCAACUUGUGGAUAACGUGUGGAAAAGAAAUGAAGAGUGCAAGAAGCGAAGCUUUAAACAGUUAGUGUCUAUGAUGUCCUCCCAGUGUGAAAGCGAUGCCGAGCUAUCUGAAGAGUUAAACAACCGCAAAAAUGCUGACCAAGUAAUCCAACCACCUCAACCACCAGUGACGGCUGGUAAUACCAAAUCUAGUGAAAUAGUUAUAUGCGACAGUGAAGAAGAGGAAAUUUUAGACCCAAACUAUCACCCUUCCCUGGACUCCGAAUCAGAGUGUAGCACUGGAAGCUUGUCAGAUAACUGCUCGUUGCAAGAAAGGGAUGACAUUUUAACUGAUUUCGUGGAAAACGUAGAUAAUCUCGAUUUUCUUCGUGUGGAACCAGAAUGGAAGAGCGUGGUUGAUGUUGUUUUUGAAAGAAAAAGAACGCUGGUAAUACUGACUCCCAAAGCAAUCUUUCACAAGGUAAAGUGCCUAAGGAAGUUAUGAAUGAUGAUGAAUCAUCAGUAUACGAUAGCGAUGAUGAUGAUAAUGACGACUGUCUUGAAGAGAUGGAAGAUGAUGUCAGUUUUGAAGACAAUGAUAGUAGUGAUGACAGCCCACUGCUUAACGAGUUUCAUUCCUGGUUGAUAGACGUAGACGGGGGUUAUCGCUGCGCAAAAGUGGCUGGUCAGUACAAGUCACAGGUAAAACGCAUCAUGAAAGUUCUUUCAGAAGAUUUCCCUCAAGCAGCAAAUGAAAUAGAUCUUGUUACUGUCGAGGGGCAUGACGGAGUGGUAAUGUUGAGGAAGUGGUUGGGUCAACUAUCUGAGGAGUAUCAACCUGGAACCAUUAGAUCAUACCUAAUGAGCCUUAGGCUAUUCCUUAAAUUCCUUGUGCAAGAAGAGAAAGGGCAAGAUAGAUUAGACACACUUCAUGCAAGGAGAGAUCUUUUAACUUCGUGGUCAUCUGCUCAAAGAAAGAAGGUGCUGAAAAGGAAAUUAGAGAAACAUGACAUGGACUUUGCAAAACUCCUUUCUAGCGAAGAUCUAUAUAAAGUGUCAAAUGGACAACAGCGAAUAAACAUAAUUAAAGCGCUUGGAACAGCUGCGGAGAAAAGCAAAGCUUGUGGAGAACCUGUGCUGGUCAACGAUCAGACCUUUUGCGAAGUAAGGGAUUGGCUGAUUACAAGAUUAAUAAUUGACAACUCCGGAAGAAGUGGUAUUGCAGCAAAUAUAACAGUGGAGGAAUUCAAAGAUGCUAAACUGUACGCUGGAGAAGAAGAUGGAGAGAUACCGCGUAUCAGUUAA